CAGUUAAACACAGAUUGUCUGGCUGAAAGAUCAUUAGUAGAGUUACAAUGCUGCCGGUGACAUUUGUGCUCUGUACUCUGGUUCUGGGUGCUCACCUGAUGCUUGUGCUGGGCUUUGACUGCGAGUAUAAGGGUCAAAAGUUCAUGGCAGGUGAAAAUCUUCAUUUGCAGGAUGAAUGUGCGCUGUUUACGUGUCACAGUCCCGUGCUAUCUUCAACUUUAAGCUGUCCUUCGGUUGUUCGUGCGCUGCCCUGUAGAAAGUUGAAAGGUGAUGUAAGCAAGCCCUUUCCAGAAUGUUGUCCUCGCCUCGAUUGUUCAUAAACGAAAGUAGAUAUACAAGUAUCAUAAAUAAAACCAAUAUAUCUCUUUA